CAGGAGGCGCCGACUUGUCCGUCGUCCGGUGUGGCCGGUAGGAAAGCGAGCGCGGCGAGCUCCGGGUUCCCGGGCGCUCGGAGGACGAUGAUUUUCCGGCGGCUGCUGGCUGCCCUGCUGCACAACCCGCAGCUGGUGGAGCGGCUGUCCGAGUCGCGGCCCAUCCGGCGGGCGGCGCAACUCACAGCUUUCGCCCUGCUGCAGCUGCAACUGCGCGGCCGCGAUGCAGCCGGACGCCUGCGAGCCCUCGCGGGUCAGUCCCCGGGCUCCUUGGGGCGCCGAGUCGCGCGGUUCAAGGACACAUUCACUCAGGAACUCCGCCGCGGCCUCCGGGAGCGUCCAGGACCACCCCCAGGUCAUCAGAAGGGCCCGGGCACCAAGGCGUAAGCACAGACUGGACUCUGCCUGGCCGAGGUCACGUCCCCUCCUCCCUUCAGUGAUCUACACCGACCGUUGCGUUCAGGAGUCAUCUCGGGCACGAUGCACUGCUUCGAAUCCUGACUCGGAUUGUCAACAUGCAGAUGCCUACGUUCAAAUGGACAUGUGCUAGUCCUAUGACUGGCAGGACAUAAAGACCCCGAAGGCCACCAGAGAUAAAAGAGUCUAGACCUGAACAUUGCACUACUGAGAGCCAUGGCCAACCAUGGCCUGCUCUCUACAAGCGGGACUGAAGCUGAAUAAAUGCUGCUGCAUCUACGUCUGGAGCAGAAUAACAGGGAAGAUGGUGGAUGGAAUGAUAACCCUGAGGUUGCCACAAUCUUUGAUUAAAUGUGUAAGCUGA